CAAAUAAUAUCGGAGACAAGAUUUAGCUUUCGUGUUGUGAGCGGAAGCUUAUCCUGGUCUCCAGCGGCCGCUUGCGCCGACGCUAUCCGGAUAUUUAAAGCUCGGAGCGAAACGGAAGCGAAGAGCUUCUCUGUUCGUCCUCCUCCCUCGUCUUCUCCCCUCUUUCUUCUCUCCGAAAUCUCACACGAAUUAAGUUAUUUCUCCCGUUGAAGAAAUUAGGUUUCGGGAUUCGAUUAUCGGAACCUUGGAUCGCCUCUGAACGACAUAGAUUAGGUCCGUGGCUCGAUAAUCUUCGGGAAUGUGGGGAGAUGGAGGUAGGUUCUACUGGGCAAGGCUGGAGCGAAUGGGGAGGAAGAACGUGGAAGGGGUAGUGGUGGUGUUCGCCUGGAUUUCCAGCGACGAGAGGCAUCUCAAGCCGUAUAUAGAUCUCUAUUGGUCUCUUGGGUGGAGCUGCCUCAUCUGCCAUUCUGAUUUCCUCACACUAUUUUUCCCUGAGAAUGCCACAUCACUAGCCUACGGCAUUCUUAAUGAGCUUGUUGAGGAAGUGAAGAAUAGGCCAUUGCCUAUUGUACUCGUGGCUUUCUCUGGAGGUUCAAAAGGUUGCAUGUACAAGGUUCUUCAGUUGCUUGAGGGAAAAUGUGAUGGACAACUCAGUCUGGAUGAAUAUCAGCUCGUAAGAGACUGCAUUUGUGGACAAGUAUAUGAUUCAAGUCCUGUAGACUUUACCAGUGGUGUGGGCACUCAAUUUUUCCUUCAUCCUACCAUUCCAAAAAUGUUUCACCCACCAAGAGUAGUAUCAUGGAUGGCAAAAUCCCUGGCAUCCGCUUUGGAUACUCUCUUUCUAGGCAGAUUUGAAGCCCAGCGUGCUGAGUAUUGGCAAACUUUGUACUCCUCUGUUAGUAUGGGCCCGUUUCUCAUAUUAUAUUCCGAAGAUGAUGACCUUGCUCCCUACCAAAUCAUCUCUAGGUUUGCUCAGCAUCUGCAAGAGCUUGGCGGCAAUAUCAAACUAGUAAAAUGGAAUAACUCCUGUCAUGUAGCACAUUUCAAGUAUCACCAAGCUGAGUACAAGGAUGCUGUGUCUGAGAUGCUUAUUGGAGCAACUAUAACUUAUCGUGAGAGAAGGCAACUAAAUGGUAAAACAGCGGGCAUGGGAGGUGCUUGCAGCACGGUAUCAGAGUCAAUUUGCAGUCUUCAUAAAGCAGCUGUGUGCUCAAGUGAAACUCUUAAAAGGGUAACAAAUGACCCAAGCGAUCAAUUCUUCUUGCCCAGCUCAAUGGAGCCUAAUAAAACUAAAGACACUGCAUCUUUGGUCGAUGAGCAAAAAGCAGGGUUGUUCCAUUUACCUAGCAUCAAUCCCGAUGGGAUUCUGGGCCAAAUUCUUUAUGAUGUAUGUGUUCCAAAGAACAUCGAAGGUUGGGACAUAAAGCCCGUGUCGUCCAUCAAUGGAAGGCAGAUGCAUGCUUCUGCCCGCAGGCACGGCCCUUUCAAUCCUAUCAGAUACAUACGCCGCUGUAGAUUGUAGAGCUGAAACUCUGAUGAAUCUGGAUGUGAAUAUUGCCUGCUAAUGAUAUUCAGCAUCUGAUCUGAGAACUUGCAGGAAGAGAAUGAGGUGCAAGUUGGAAAUCUGUCUGGGAGCAAUGAUGCAUAUAAAUAUCCGGCUUAACCUUGAAGUCUUUUCCCCCUGGCUCAUAUUGCCAUGAAUUGUUAAUAAUUAAUAAUAAUGUGCAAAAUUAUACCAUGGAGGAGUUUGGGACUUUAUGCAUGAUGAUUUGGGCUUUAAAGAGAAGUUAUUCUGGUCGUGAAAACUUAUUCUCAAUGCAUCCAAUGGCUGUCAUGAAUACCAAGUCUCCAGAGAACCAAAUUCCAGAAGUUUGAAGGAUCACAGGUUUUUCUCAUGGCCAUGGUUCGUUGGUUAUUUUGAAGCUCUUAUCCAGGGGAAUGCUGCUGUAAAAUUUUAGCUAAAGAUAAAAUAUGCUGCUUUUACUGGAGCCAACUUUUAUUGAACAGGCUUCGCAUUUGUCGUAAAUCCUGCUCUUAAGAGACUUCUUUCUCAUUGGCAACUUUUUGAAAUUUAGAGAACAGAUAAAAUAGGAGAUAAUUGUUUAAUUUCAGGAUUGUGUGUGUCACAUUACUUGCUGCAAUUCGUAGCAACAUGGCUGCCACCAUCUGUAAGUUGUGGGGAAACCAAUAUCCUUUUGUGCAGAAA